AUGCAUUUAAUUGAAAGACAGCUUCAAAAUGCAGUCAACAAACUAGUUACAUGGUGUGAUGAAAAUGGGCACACCAUCUCUCCAGAGAAAAGUCGGUGCCUCCAUUUUUGCAGAAAACGUAAUUUUCACUCGGAACCUAAUAUUUAUAUUCGUAGCCAUGCUAUUCCAGUUGUUGAUGAAAUACGUUUUUUGGGGGUCGUAUUUGAUCGCAAACUCACCUUCAUUCCGCAUGUUUUGUACUUGCGAAGGAAAUGCGAGAGAACCUUGAACAUCUUAAAAGUUCUCUCCAGAACUUCUUGGGGAGCAGAUCGAGCCUCCCUAAUCCGUAUUUACGAGGCAGUCAUUCUUUCCCGUAUCGAUUACGGAUGCAUGGUGUAUGGAUCCGCACGUCCUAGUGUUUUGCGCAGACUGGAUACUAUCCAUCAUUCUGCAUUAAGAAUCUGCUCUGGUGCCUUUCGAACAUCCCCCAUAGAAAGUUUAUACAAUAUUUGUUAUCAACUACCUCUCUACUUAAGGCGUAAAAAAAUUGCCGCCUUGUAUUACUUCCGAACGCAGUCUCUCUCGAAGCACCCUAUAUCAGAAUUAACACUUCCAGCAAGUCUUAGGAGAAUUUAUGAUGCUCGAUCCUCCUGCAUUCAACCGUUCAGUAUGAGAAUGAAAAAGCUUUUGCAGGACUCGGACUUUAAUUUAACAAUUAUGUCUACAAAUGUCUUUUGUUUUGCCCCAUGGGAUAUGCCAGAAUUUUCCUUUUUAAAUCCAUUUUCUGGAUAUGAUAAAUCCACAACAGCAUCUGUGGUUUUUCAACAGAUAUUUCUCUAUCAUCGCUGUCAGUAUUCAUCUUUCAUUCCAGUUUUUACAGAUGGCUCGAAAUCAGAUGGACAUGUCGGAUUUGGCAUUGUACUUCCAUCUGGUACACUGAGCUAUCGUUUACAUACCUGUUCUUCUGUUUUUACUGCGGAACUAAUGGCAAUUUCCUCUGCCCUUCAGGAAAUUUCGAUGUCUACUUAUCGCAGCUUCAUUAUUUAUACUGACAGUAUGAGUGCUUUAGAGACGCUCUCCCAUCCUGACAAUCAAAUGCAUCCUGUCGCUUUAGAAAUUCUAAAUACUUUACACCUUCUUCGAAAUGAGACAUUUAAUAUUUUAUUUUGCUGGGUACCGAGUCACUCGGGCAUUUCUGGGAAUGAGGCAGCAGACUGUUCUGCAAAAGCUGCUUCUUCAUUUCUUUCACAAAAUAUUCCUUACUGUGAUGCGAAGAAGUUUUUUCUUUGUCAUCUUUACUCCACUUGGCAGGCAAACUGGAAUGAGCAAGUUGACAACAAAUUGCAUACCAUUAAAUCUUUCAUUGGAUUAUGGCCUGUACUCCCUGUACGGGGGUUGGAUGUUAAAUUGACCCGCCUCCGUAUAGGACAUACACGUCUAACUCAUAAACAUCUCAUUUGUGGAGACAGAAAACCCAUGUGUCCUACAUUCAGUAUAGAGUUUACUGUGAAACACAUUCUUAUUGAAUGUCCUGAUUUUAAAUCACAUCGCGAGUUGUUUUUCCAGUCAUCGUCUCUAACUAUGCAGGACUUGGAAAAUAUACCUUACCCUGAAGCCAGGCGCAAGGUUAUGGCUGAGACACCUACACCAGGUAUCACUUAUGCUUCUGCUGCUCAAGGAUCUAAUGCAAAAACAACUGUUGAAACCAAAACUCAUGAAAAUUCCCCCACUUCUGAUUCAGAGAAAUCAUCAAAUAAUGUUACAGAAACCUCCAAACCACAUAAAAACAAACUUAAAUCGAAAUCUCAGAAAUCAUUAAUGUUAAAACUGUCUAAACGUGGCCUAUCUACACAAGACGUGCCUUCUAAAUUAAAAAAAUCACUCUUUCGAAACUCCGUCGCUCUUGGACUGGCGAAUAAAGGCACAGUCCACAAGGAUUUGACAUCCAUUUUCGGCGGCGUUUCCAAAAGUACUGAUUUAAUUUCUCUCUAUCCAUCUGAAGAAGAGGAUGAAGAUUUUAAAAUGAGUUGUGAUGCAACUCAAUCAAAUGUUCCCAAUAUCUUUGAUGCAACCUAG